ACAAACAAUAAAAUGUCAUUGUAUUUUGACACUAGAGUACAAAACCUUGAUGUGACAUCAGUGAGUUCUAUUAUAGCAUGGCAUUCAAAUUUGCCACUUCUUGCUGUUGCUGUGCACUCCCAAGAAAAAGGUUGCUUUAUUAGUGUUUACGACGAUCAAGGAGAACAUUUAUCCGAGGUUAAAGCCUCUGGACAUUCUGUGGUUCCAAUCACAGCUCUUGCUUGGCAUCCUGAAAGGAAGUGGUUAGCUGUUGCAUGGGAAAAUGGAGAAAUUUGUUUAUGGUGUUACGCUACAGGGUCAAGUGAAUUUAGAAAUAUUGUCACUCCUCAUAAAUACCCAGUAUCAAUUUUACAAUGGAGUCAGUAUGGAGGUCACUUAGUAUCAGGAGAUAAUAGUAGUUCUUUGGUGGGAUGGAAAGUGGAUGAAGAAGAUCAGUUAUUUAUGGUUUUUCAUCAUAUAUUACACCAGUCAUUGACUCAUAUUACAUUUAAAAUUUCACCUACUAAACCUACAGUUGAUAUGAGUAGUCUGGCAAAAGCAGCUGUAGCUGGAGAUGAGAGAGCUUUAGAUUUAUUUAGCUCUUGGAGGCCUAGAACUGCUAUGCCUCUUUCAGUUCUUACCAAACAUGAUAAUUAUGCUUUUUAUGUUGGAACUGCUAAUGGUAUUAUUUAUUAUGUAGAUAAUGAAGGCCAAUGUAGUCAAGUUUUGAAUUUUGAAGGAGCUACUAUUUAUUGUCUAUUACAUCAUCAAACGAGAGAAUCUAUUGUUAUAAUGAGUGAAGGUUUACAUAUUGGUCACUUUCAAACAGAUCCUGUUACAGGUCAACUUACAGAGUUGACAAAGGUGAAAUUAAGUGCUAGAAGUGAUAUGACUAAAAAUGGACCAUCCUUAUGUUGGGCUGGUAUUAAUACACUGGCAAUUUUAGUUGGAGAACUAAUGAUUAGAAUGUGGGAUCUGCACACUGGAGAUACUUAUAUUUUAACUCCAUCCAAUAAUUCUUCUUCAGAAAAUUAUUCUAAAUCACAGGAAGUGUGUACAAGUUUAUCUUUUUGUAAACAUAAUGAUACUUUAGCUGCUGGUACAAAUUUAGGCACAAUAUAUUUCUGGAAGCGUAAAUUUCAAGGUGUAGAAAAUGAUGAAAAUUCUUGGCCUACCUUCCCAAAUUUGUGUUCUAUUCCUGGCACUGUAAAACAAAUAACUUGGGGGGCGAUUUCGCUUCGAAGUCCUUUAUUAGCUGUAAAUUGCAUUACAAAUGUUUACAUUCUCCAUCAACAAUCAAUGUGUGCCGUCUACAAUGAUAAAAUUUGUGCCAGUCAAGUGAGUCCAAUGCAACUGCAUAUUGAAAUACAAGAAUCAGAAAAUCAAUUUUUCAUCUUAAAAACAGAUAUUCAGAUACAACUGGUUGCUGUGAAUAGAAAUUAUAUUGCAGUAUCUUCUGGUAAAUAUGUAGUAGUUUAUAAAGUCAGUGAAGAUAGACCACCAAAUACAACAGUACUUUUGAGCUUUAGUUGUAAUACUGAAAAACUUCUCAUUCAUGAUUCUAUAUUGAUUGUUUUAACAUCACAAAUAAUUCAACUAAGAUCAAUUGAAGAUGGAACAAUAAUACAAACCCUUCCAACAUUGUCAGCAGAAGGUGAACCUAUAAUAAUGGAAAUGACCGGUGAUUUUUUGACUGUGGCUUCGUUGAAUGGCAUCUUAAAAAUUUGGAAUCUGGGAAAAAGGGAGGCAAAACUUCAUACAAGACCUAUGGCUACUUAUGAGGUUAUCAAUGAUUUUGCCGAAAUUAUUGAGGCGAAAUGCAAUUCAGAUUGCAGAUAUGUAUCCAUAACUGUGGCAAUGGCUAAUUUGAUGCCCAGCCCAAUACUUUAUGUAUGGGAUAUUGAGAAUGAUCAAAUUCAUGAAUUCGAUUUCUCAAAAAAUGAUAUCGAAGAUGAAUCUACUUUAGUUGCAAAAUGUAAGGGUAGAUUAGUAACAGCCCAUUGCUGGGACAAUGAAGAUCCAAGGCUCUUAAUUUGUCAAGCUCAAAAACCAGAAAGUAUAAAUGUUAAAUCAACAAAUGAAUUAAUUGAUGAUCAAGUAAAUAUCGCUAACGUUGUUUUAAUAACGAUGUUUAUAACAACGGAACAUGGAAUUGUUGUGCAUGAUAUUCGAUCCAUAAAGGACGAUAAUUGUCGUCUUCUAGGAGUACAGUCGCCCUUCGUUUUAAUAUUGGACUCUGAAAAAUCCAUUGGUAGUAAAACAGUACGUCUCUUAAUGCGUGAUUUCGAGGAACUUGACUCUUGUGAUUCAACGAUUAAACGAGCUAUUCUUGACUUCAGUUUCUACCUUAGUGUUGCCAAUAUGGACGAAGCUUUUAAGGCUAUUAAGACAAUACAGAACGAAGCUGUGUGGAAAAGUUUAGCAAAAAUGUGUGUAAAAACGAAGCAAUUAGAUAUGGCGAUAUUGUGCCUAGGGCAUAUGAAGCAGGUACGGAGCGUGAGAGCACUCCGAGAGGCGAUUCUGGAUGAAAACCUCAACCUGGAAGCAAAGGUUGGGAUUCUUGCUGUCGAGCUGAAGCUUUAUAACGAUGCUGAACGAUUAUUUCGAGAAGCAAACAGAUUCGAUCUUUUAGGAUCUUUACUGGAGGCUCGUAAUAAAUUUAAAGAAGCCAUUGAAUUAGCAAAAAACGAGGAUAAAAUUCGAGAGAAACUGAGCUAUUAUAAUUACGCGAAGUCUCUAGAAUUUGAAGGCAAAAUUUCCGAAGCUAUUGAAAUGUACACAAAAUCCGAUUGUCAUAGAUUCGAAGUACCUAGGAUGCUACUUAGCACUCCGAAAGAACUACAAAAUUAUUUAAAAAAUUCUGACGAUUUAGAGAUAAAAAAUUGGCACGCGCAGUAUACGGAGUCGACGAAUGACAUGGAAGCGGCGCUUGAGUUGUACGAACAGGCUCAGGAUACUCUGUCAAUGACGCGGCUGCUAUGCUUCUUUGGUCGUGAUGAUGAAGCUUGCGACCUCGUCGUCAAGAGUAAACACGCGGCCUCAAUUUAUCAUCUAGCAACAUACUAUGAAGCUCGGGGAAAUUUCACUCAAGCAAUACAUUUCUACACAAUGUCCCGGGCUUACACCAAUGCAAUACGCGUCUGCAAGGAAAACAAUCUGUUCAAUGAGCUCUGGCCACUGUCAAUGAUGGCACCAAAACAAACACAGAUCGAUGUCGCCAAGUUUUAUGAAGAAAUUGAUCAGGUAGAUAAAGCGAUAUUACUUUAUCAUAAGGCAGGAUUUUUGAAAAAGGCUCUUGAACUUGCAUUCAAAACACAACAGUUCAAUGCAUUGCAACUGAUAACCAUGGAUGUGAACGCUGAUUCUGAUCCAGAACUUAUCGAAAAAUGCGCUGAAUAUUUUGUUCAAAAUUCACAAAUCGAUAAAGCUGUUGAUUUAUUAGCUACUGGAAAAAAUUAUACAGAGGCACUGAAACUUAUUCAAGAUUAUGGUGUUAUUUUAUCCGAAGAAUUAGCGGAAAAAAUGACACUGGAUAAGACAGAGAAAGAUCUGGACAGAGAACAGGUGCGCAUAGCGACUCUUGAAAAAAUUGGUGAAAUUGCAUUGAAUCAAGGCAACUACCAUCUAGCAACAAAAAAAUUCACUCAAGCCGGUAAUAAGUUCCGAGCAAUGAAAGCUCUUCUUAAAUCCGGUGAUACAGAAAAGAUCUGUUUUUUCGCACAAGUUUCAAGACAGCGCGAGAUUUACGUUAUGGCUGGAAAUUACUUGCAGUCUCUAGAUUGGCAGAAUCAGCCCGAAGUACUAAAAAAUAUCAUUAACUUUUACUCUAAAGGAAAAGCCAUGGAUUUGCUGGCCAACUUUUACGUUGCUUGUGGUCAAGUCGAAAUCGAUGAGUUUCAGAAUUAUGAAAAGGCACUCGAUGCGCUCAACCAGGCAAGUAAGUGUCUUGCCAAGGUAAUCGACUCCAAAGAUCCAGAUACGCAUAAGAGGGCCGUUAAGAUUGUUAAUGACAGGAUGUUGAUCAUCAAGAAGUAUUUAGAAAUCAAAAAAUUAUUUGAUAGUGGAGAAACAGAGAUGGGAAUAAACCAUAUACGUUAUUUACUUGAUUCCUAUGGAGUUGAGCUUGAACAAUCGAUUCGCCGAGGUGAUCUCUUUUCCAUGAUAACUCAACACUAUGCAAGUAUCGGUGAAAUGGAAAAGGCCAGAAUUGCAAUUGAAGAGCUAAAUCGUUUAAUACCUGGGAUUAAUUUAAGUUAUUACAUUAAUGCCAAUUUACUCGAGAGUCUCGGUUUUAAGAUUAAUGUUGUAAAGCAAGAAUCCGAGGAACGAGAAGAUGACAUUGAGGAAUUGCUAGGAGAGUAAAUUAAAAUAUUUACAAAAACAAUAUUAAACAGCUGUAAUUUAAAUGCACAGUUCU